UCUCUUCCACCCCCAACUUCCAAUUCACUCCAAACAACUCCGGGACAGAAUUGCAGGGAAAAGCUGGAAGCUCAGACUAGACUUGUUGAUCUCCGUUCCGAGGCAGCAGAAGGAAGUACCGGAGCUUUCCUUUGUGUCUGCCCGGAGAGAGGGCUGGGGGGGCGGGGGCAGCUGCAGCUUCGGCGUUGACUGUAGGCAGGAGCAAGGAGCUGCCGCUGAGCGAAGGCCUUGGAAAGCUUCCUGCCGAGGGAUCCGAUUUACCUCGUUUCCCUUCCCCUCCCCCUGAGCUCCGUGGACAGCCGGGAGCGCCGCCGCCAUCCCUCCGCCUUGAGGCUGUCCGCGAGGGGAUGCGAGCGGGGCCGCCCCUGCUGCCCGCCCCGCCGCAGGAUGUAGCCGCCCUCGGCCCCGCACAGCCCCGCACCGCCUCGCUGGGAUCCCGCAGGAGGAGCUCUGGGGCAUGGAGGGCAAGGAGAGGUGAGCAGAGCCGGCCCCCCAGUGCCCUGCCCCACGCCGUACUUUGGAGCGUCCAGACGGAGGGGGACCAGCGAUGCCUCUGGGGAUGAAUAAGCAUGGAUCUCGCUCUACUACCUCUUUGCCUCCGGACCCCACAGAGAUCGUCAGGAGCAAGGCCUGCUCCCGAAGGGUCAAGCUCAACGUGGGGGGGCUGGCCCACGAGGUUCUCUGGCGGACCUUGGACAGGUUGCCACGGACCAGGCUGGGUAAGCUCAGAGACUGCAACACACACGACUCCCUUAUGGAGAUCUGUGAUGACUACAACCUGGAGGAGAAUGAGUACUUCUUUGAUAGGCAUCCCGGGGCAUUCACCUCAAUCUUGAACUUCUACCGUACUGGCAAGCUGCACAUGAUGGAGGAGAUGUGCGCCUUGUCCUUCAGCCAGGAGCUAGACUACUGGGGGGUGGACGAGAUCUACCUGGAGUCCUGCUGCCAGGCCCGCUACCAUCAGAAGAAGGAGCAGAUGAAUGAAGAGCUGAAGAGAGAAGCUGAGACUCUGAGGGAAAGGGAAGGGGAGGAAUUUGAUAACACUUGCUGUGCUGAAAAAAGGAAAAAGCUCUGGGACCUCCUGGAGAAACCCAACUCCUCCGUAGCGGCCAAGAUUUUGGCAAUCAUUUCCAUCAUGUUUAUUGUACUAUCUACAAUUGCCUUGUCCCUUAACACACUUCCUGAACUACAAGGCGUGGAUGAAUUCGGGCAGACCACAGAUAACCCCCAACUUGCCCACGUGGAAGCGGUGUGCAUUGCAUGGUUUACAAUGGAAUACCUCUUGCGGUUCCUAUCCUCUCCUAAGAAAUGGAAGUUUUUCAAAGGCCCGCUGAAUGCUAUUGAUUUGCUCGCUAUCUUACCAUACUAUGUCACUAUCUUCCUCACAGAAUCCAAUAAAAGUGUACUUCAGUUCCAAAAUGUACGACGAGUGGUCCAAAUAUUUCGGAUUAUGAGGAUACUCCGGAUUCUAAAGCUUGCCCGGCACUCAACGGGUUUGCAGUCCUUGGGGUUUACACUGAGGAGGAGUUACAAUGAGCUUGGAUUACUCAUCCUGUUUUUGGCCAUGGGCAUUAUGAUCUUUUCCAGUUUAGUGUUUUUUGCAGAAAAGGAUGAGGAUGAUACAAAAUUCAAGAGCAUCCCAGCCUCUUUCUGGUGGGCAACGAUCACCAUGACAACUGUAGGCUAUGGAGACAUCUACCCCAAAACACUUUUAGGUAAAAUAGUAGGAGGACUGUGCUGCAUUGCUGGAGUGCUGGUGAUUGCUCUUCCCAUCCCAAUUAUUGUCAAUAAUUUCUCUGAGUUCUACAAGGAGCAGAAAAGGCAAGAGAAAGCCAUUAAGCGCAGGGAAGCUCUUGAACGAGCAAAACGAAAUGGCAGCAUUGUUUCCAUGAACAUGAAGGACGCGUUUGCCCGUAGUAUAGAGCUCAUGGACAUUGUGGUUGAGAAGAAUGGAGAAAGCAUAGCCAAAAAGGAUAAAGUUCAGGACAAUCAUUUAUCUCCCAGCAAAUGGAAAUGGACCAAGAGAACGCUUUCUGAAACUAGCUCUAGUAAAUCUUUUGAAACUAAGGAGCAAGGAUCUCCAGAAAAAGCUAGGUCAUCCUCAAGUCCCCAGCACCUGAAUGUCCAACAGCUAGAGGACAUGUAUAACAAAAUGGCAAAGACUCAGUCGCAGCCAAACCUUAAUACUAAAGAAUCAAGUCAAUCUGGAAAGCAAAAGGAAGAGCUAGAAAUGGAAGCUCUUCCUGGCCCUAUGGUGCCCUUGCUGACAACUCACACUGAUGGGAUCAUAGACAUGAGGAGCAUGUCCAGCAUCGACAGCUUCAUAAGCUGUGCAGCAGAGUUCCCUGACUCUGGGAGGUUUUCCCACAGCCCGCUCUCUACCCUUCCCUGCAAAAGUGGCAUUAACGUGAUUCAAGAGCAGAGCAGGCCAGAGGGAAGCGGUGCCAGGUUUGUGGAAAUGAACCCAAGCUCCGAAGGCAGCCACCGCUCUGCUUUUUUCAUAGAUAGUCCCAAAAGCUCCAUAAAGGCCAGUAACCCUUUAAAACUAAGAUCUCUGAAAGUCAACUUCAUGGAAGAGGACACCAGCACGUUAGGACCAGCCUCAAAUGUACUGAGACUAUAUUCAGACCCUCUCAAGGGCAGAGGAGCUGCUGCUGCUGCCACAGAUACUUCCUUACUCUCUGACAGAUCUCUCAUGAGCCCAGAAACCUCCAUCUACACAACUGCGAGUGCGAGAACACCCCCAAAGUCACCAGAGACGCAGACAGCCAUAGCUUUCAACUUCCAUGAUGCUGGUAUACACAAAUACAUAGAUGCUGACACUGACGAUGAAGGUCAGCUGGUUUAUGAUUCAAGUCCGCCCGGAAAUUUGAGUCCCAAGUACAAUGUUACAAGCAGUGGCUAUCUAAAGCAAAAGGACAAUGUUUAUAGAACAGAGAAGAACCAUCUAGAAGCUGCUGCUUUACCCACCUCCCCUAAGCUGAUAGGACAAAACUGCAUUUACUCUAUGGAAGGUAUCACUGGAAGAACCCAGGGCAAUCAGGAGACUGUCAGACUAGAAAAUCACAUUUCCCCAGAAGUCCAUGUAUUACCAGGCAGCGGAGGACAUGCUAACACACAUGAUCAAAGCAUCUGAGAUGGGCUCCAAAAGAACUUACUGAAAGUUUAAAGGAAUGUCUUUACAGUCAACACAAAUGAAAAAAAAACAUGAAAAAAAAAAACAAAACACAAAAAAGAGCUUCUGCAUGGCAUGAACUUGGCUGAAAUAAGCCACCUGUUUCUAAAAGUCUGGGGGAGGUCCAGUGUGGGUUUGUGAAAAUGUCCUUCUCUGAAACAACUCUAAAGACAUUGCCCACAUCAGUCAAAAAUUAAGGAUUGCAAAUCAUGAUCACACAUUGAUCUCCUUUCAUGUUGUCCAGUGAAGCCAAUGUGACCAAAUAUCCAUCCAUUCCCCUUGAACGCUAGAGCUCCUUUUGGAAAUAUUAACAUCUGAUUUGCGUUAGUUCCAUAAAGGAUGCCAAGGCAGCCAGAUUUGAACUCUGGAAUAAAUUGCUGGGGUUGGUAUAAAGCUAUCUAAAACACAAUGCUUACUGCUUCAGGGCAGCUGUUCCCCAUCUACAGCUCUCUCUGAUGGAUAUUAUGGCUAAAGGUAACAGGGAACACUUGCUUUAUUGGAAAACCCAAGCAAAAACCAUUUAAAACAGUCUAGGGAAACCAAUUAGGAAAACGCUCUGUGUGUGUUUAACAAUGCGAUAUCCCGUAGGACCUGACGUUUUCUUUUGAAAUAUCAGCAGGGUGAGUUGCACCACUUGUAUCUAAAUCCAGACAUCCCCUAGGACAUAGUGAAACUUGCACUUACCCUCUGCUAAGAAUCGAUACCUGCCCCAGGGCCAGUGCGUGGACCCUCAGGGGAUCCACAGCCCAUGCUGGGAAGGUGUGAAGGAGCCAUGCAGAAGCAGGACCCUCCGGAAGCAUUGCAGCCAGACCCCCUUGCCAGUACCAGGGAGCGCAGGGCUGGAAAGAGAGCUUGGCUCUCGCCCUACCCUUCUGCAGAAGGGCAAUGCUCACUGCCCUGCC